CGCGGCCACGGGAACGCCGGAGGGAGCGGCACCGGCAGCGACCGGGAUCGGCACCGGGAGCGGGACCAGCACCGGGAGCGGGAUCGGCACCGGGACCGGCACCGGCACCGACCGGGACCGGGAUCGACACCGGGAGCGGCACCGGCAGCGACCGGGACCAGGAUCAGCACCGGGAUCAGCACCGGGACCGGGAUCGGCAGCGACCGGGAUCGGCACCGAGAUCAGCACCGGCAGCGAUCGGGAUCAGGAUCGGCACCGGGACCCGCCCGGAGCUCCCGGAUCCCUCCGAGCGCCGGCUCCGCUCCCGGUGAGCUCCGGGACACGAACCGCGCUUGGAAAACCGGGACAGAGCCCGGGACCAGCGGGAAGGAACCGGGAAAGGCCGGGAUGGGACCCGGCAGCGCCGGGAGAAGAGCGGGACCGGCCGCGCGCGGCUCCGGGACCGGCGGGAGCGGCUCCGGGACCGGCGGGAUCCUCCUGCUCCUCCUGGGAGCGGCGGCGGCGACACCGAGCACAGGACCCUCCCCGUGCCCCCAGGACCAUCUCCUGUGCGGCGACGGCUCGUGCCUGUCGCGACAUUUCGCCUGCGACGGCGAUCGCGAUUGUCCCGACGGGCGGGACGAGCUGGGCUGCGCCCCUCCCCCCUCGGCGCCGCCCUCCCCUCCCCCCCCCUGCCCCCCCUCCUCGUUCCGCUGUCGCGACGGGAGCUGCAUCCCGCGCCUCUGGAGCUGCGACGGCGAUCGCGACUGUCGCGACGGGGAGGAUGAGGGGGAGGGGCUGUGCGGGCCCCCCCGGCCCCCCCGCGCCUGCCCCCCCCUGCAGUUCUCCUGCGGGUCCGGCGAGUGCCUCACCCGGAGGUGGCGCUGCGACGGGACCCCCGACUGUCGCGAUAGUUCCGAUGAGGAGGGGUGCGCCCCGCCCCCGCCGUGCCCCCCCGGGCAGCUCCUCUGUCGCGACAGGCGCUGCAUCCCCGCGGCGCGCGCCUGCGACGGGACCCCCGACUGUCGCGACGGGGACGACGAGGAGGCGUGUCCCGAUGCCCCGUCGUGCCCCCCCCCGCACCGGUUCCGCUGCCGCUCGGGGGAGUGUAUCGCGAUAGCGCAGGUCUGCGAUGGGCGGCGCCACUGUCGCGACUGGUCCGACGAGCCGCUCAAGGAGUGCGGGGUGAACGAGUGCCUGGCGGGGGCCGGGGGCUGCUCCCACGGCUGCCGGGACCUGCGGCUGGGCCACGAGUGCCUGUGCCCGCCCGGGCUGGGGCUGGAGCCCGACAACCGCACGUGCCACGGCCCCCCCGGGACCCUCGUGGUGGGCACGCGGCACCAGCUGCUGGCGCUGGGCGGCGCCGAGCCGCGCGUCCUGCGGGGGGCGCUCAAGCACGCGGCCGCGCUGGACGUGGCCAUCGAGGGGGGGGCCCUGUUCUGGGGGGACCCCAGCGAGGGGCGCAUCUACACAGCGCCGCUGGCCGCGGGCCCGGCCGUGCCCCUGGCCGUGCUCAGUGGCCCGGGGGCUCCGGCCGGGCUGGCCCUGGACUGGACGCACGGGCUGCUCUACUGGACCGAGCCCGGCUCCGGCCGCGUGGCCGUCGCUGACCGCUCGGGCUGGCGGCAGCGCACGCUGCACCGGGACCCCCGGACACGGCCCUGGGCGGUGGUGGUGGACCCCCGGAACGGGUUCCUGUACUGGUCGGACUGGGGGUCCCGGCCCCAAAUCACGCGGGGGGGUCAGGACGGGGCCCCCCCCGAGGCUCUGGUGACCGAGGACGUGGAGCGGCCGCAGGGGCUGGCGCUGGACCAGUCCUCCCAGCGCCUGUUCUGGGCCGACGGGCGCCUCCAGGCCGUGUCCAGCGUGGGGCUGGACGGGCGCGGCCGCCGGACGCACCUGAGGGACCCGCGGCACCUGGGGCAGCCCCUGGGGCUCGCCGUCUUCCAGGACUGGCUGGUCUGGACCGACCCCCCCCGGGGGUCCCUGGUGGCCGCGCGGCUCCGGGGGGGCUCCUCGCCCUCCCCCCCCCGGCUGCUGGCCCAGGAGCUCUUCAGCCCCGAGGCCGUGGUGGUGCUGCACCCCGACAGGCAGCCCCCAGGCCCCGACCGCUGCCGGGGCUCGCUCUGCUCCUUCCUCUGCCUCCCCUCCCCCGCCCGCGGCCCCGGCUCCGCCCCCUUCACCUGCGCCUGCCCGGACGGGGAGCACCUGGCGGGAGACGGACGCACCUGCGUGACAGAGCCCCCCGGGACCCCGGAGCCGCUGAGCCGGAACUUCAGCGCCGAGGGAAACGCCUCGGCAGGUGACCCCGGCCAGCCGGGCGGGCCCAGGGGGGCGGGGCCGUUGAUGACGUCACUGGGGGUCCUGCUGCCCCUCGCGCUGGCGCUGGGCCUGGGCGUGGCCGGGCGGGGCCUGUGGCGGGGCUGGCGCCGGCGCAGCACCAACAGCAUCAGCUUCAGCAACGCCGCCUUCCGCAAAGGGCCGCAGCACCUGCGCGGGGCGGGGCCCGCGGACACACAGUGGCCGCUGACGGCCGAGGACGACGAGCCCUGAGGGGGAGGGGGAGCCGAGACCCCCCCCGGAUCCACCUGGGCACACCUGGGCACAGCUGUGGGAACACCUGGAUCCACCUGGGCACAGCUGGGAGUGGCUCUGUGCACAGGGACACACCUGGGCACAGCUGGACGCACCUGUGCACACCUGCACAGCCAGCUACGGCAGCAGACGCACCUGGACGAGGCUGUGCACACCUGGACAUGACUGCAGGCACACCUGGGCACACCUGGGCACACCUGGACAAGCCUGUACACACCCAGCUAUGGCUGCAGGCGCACCUGGGCACACCUGGGCACACCUGGACAGGGCCGUGCACACCUGGAUGAGGCUGCUCUCACCUGUCCACACCUGUCCGUACCUGUUCUCACCUGCCCUCACCUGUCCGGGUGCCCCCGGGGCCAUUUUUGGGAAUUUUUUUACCAAAAUCCUGUGAAUUGGGCCCAGACCGGGGCCGCUGUGAAGGGGGCGGGGCCAAUGAGGCCACGCCUCCCGCGUGACGUCAUUAAAGGUUUAUUUAUUAA